AUGGCAUGCGCAGGCUCGCCGAGGCGGAGGACUACGCUGGCGAGACCGAGGGCGAGAGAGGUCUGGAGACGGAGCAGCAGCGCGAACAGGAGCAGGAGAGGCAGCAGGAGGUCGAGGAGGAGGGCGAGCGCGAGCAGGAGAUCCAGAUCGAGAAGUUCGUUGACCUCAUGCACUGCCGCGACAACGAGGACCCGAGCCGGAGCCUUGGAAGGUGGAGACGCUGGGCUCGGGCGGUGGCGAGCUGCCAGCGCAGUUCUACCAGGCCCGCGAUUUCCGCCUGUGGAAGCGGCAGCCCCUGAAGUCUCUGCCGCCCGAGGCGCUCCUCUCCAGGAGAACUGGUUCAACCCGAACUGGAGCGGCUUCCGGCGGGUCAAGAACGUGUUCAUGCAGAUGGAGUGGGUGGCCGAUAAGGCCAGCCUGCACAGGGCGCAGACGGAGCUCGGCCUGAGCUACGAGGAGGAGCACGAGAUGCAUAGAAAGAUGCACCUCAUCUGGGACCUGCUGUCGCGCACCCCGGACGAAGAGGGCGACGCCAAGCCACGCUGGUCUUACGAUGUGCACGAAACUGGGAAGCAGAAGGAGGUCAAGCUCGAUCCGCCAGAGAAGCAUCUGGACGCAGAGUCGUUCCUCCGGCUUCUGCAGGCAAGCUUCGACUGGGACAGUGCCUUCCACUCGCCAGAGGCAGCGCUGGCCCUACUCAAGGAUCCCAGCAACACGCCUCCCCAGCGGCAGGGCGGGGAGGUCGACGUGGGCUACAUCGAGGCCUGCAGGCUGCUCCGGAGCGGCUACUUUCGGCCCAGGGACGAGGGCCGCAACUUCGUGGUCGUCUCGCUGGCGGAGGCCGAGACGCUCCGGCGGAUCAUGCACUGCCGCAUGGGGCAGCCCCUUCUGCCGCGGCACCCUGGCACGACCCUGGCGCUGCGGUGCAUCAUGUCCAACAACCCGAUUUUCGACGAGUCCAGCGGCUUCGAGACAGGACCCCGCUUCCAGACCUCAAUGGUGCACCAGGUCUGCCGCUUCCUAGACUGCCAGACCUUUUUCAAGGAGACCAAACUGUCGGUGCUGCUGCGGGCGCUCCAGCACGACCAGCCCUUCGCCCGGCGCAGGUUCCUGGAGAGCCUGGGGGGCUGCCGGCGGCGGGCCCUCGCCAACUGGAGCGAGCAGCCCAUCGCGGCGGUGCUCCAGCGCAAUUGGCUGGAGUUCGACCAGACUCUGUCGCGUAUCCGCGCCAUCCGCCUGCGCAACGCCAUCGAGGGGCGGGGCCUCUCGGUGGAGGCGACGUUCCAGCGGUACGACGUGGACAAUUCUGGCCUCUUGGAGCCGAUGGAGUUCUGCCACGCGCUGAAGGACCUGGGCUUCGCAUUCACUGCCGAGGAGGUGGCGAACUGGCUGGAGACCAUCGACGAGAACGACGACUACUGCAUCAGCAACUCGGAGUUCGUGGCCUUCGUCAAGACCCAGGCGAACGCCAUCAUGGGCGGCAGCUCCGCGAACUUCGCAGGGCAGGUGGGCGGCGCGGCCCGGAAGCCCGUCAAGGAGAGGCCCCAGCUGGUGCAGAAGCGGUCCCUGAGGAGAGGGGCGUGA